CUCUUCUCAAGAACUAUGUCUGGACGUGGUAAAGGCGGCAAGGGACUUGGUAAAGGAGGCGCUAAGCGUCAUCGUAAGGUUCUUCGUGACAACAUCCAAGGUAUCACCAAACCGGCAAUCCGUCGUCUUGCUCGCCGUGGCGGUGUCAAGCGUAUCUCCGGCCUUAUCUACGAGGAGACUCGCGGUGUUUUAAAAGUAUUCCUCGAAAACGUCAUCCGCGACUCGGUCACGUACACAGAACACGCACGUCGCAAGACCGUGACGGCCAUGGACGUUGUGUACGCCCUCAAGCGCCAGGGACGCACCCUGUACGGCUUCGGCGGCUAACUUAGCCAUGCUAAGCGCAUUCUCUGUAUAUCGGUUUUUGGUGUAUAGAUCUAUCUCUCUUCUCUUGGUGUUUUAAACACCACCCGUCACUAAAAAA